AUGGUGGACUCGAUAGACCAUCGCGUGGACAUUGCCAAUCUCAGAGAGGAAGAUCGUCAAGCGCUUGAGAAAGGCUACGAUGAUCGCGGGCGAAUAUACAUAACGAAAAUCCGCGACUCGGAGGCCGGUGGAUUGCACAGCGUAAAACACGAAGAUUACUUUCAUGGCUUCAUGCCUAAAGAGCAGGUAUUUUCGAAGCUGGUGACGCCAUUAGGCUGA